AUGGAGGACCAGCUGCUGUGUUGCGAGGUGGACUCCAUCAAGAGAGCCCACCAGGACGUCAACCUGCUCAACGACCGAGUCCUCAACACCAUGCUAAAGGCGGAGGAGAGCUACCUGCCGUCCCCCAACUACUUAAAGUGUGUGCAGAAAGAAAUAGUGCCCAAAAUGAGGAAGAUAGUUGCUACCUGGAUGUUAGAGGUCUGCGAGGAACAGAAAUGUGAAGAGGAGGUUUUUACUCUGGCUAUGAACUAUUUGGACAGAUUUUUAUCAGUGGAAGCAACCAAGAAAACGAGACUGCAGCUGCUGGGAGCCACAUGCAUGUUUCUGGCAUCCAAGAUGAAGGAGACGGUUCCCCUAACGGCAGAGAAACUCUGUAUCUACACCGACAACUCUGUGCUUCCUGACGAACUCCUGCAAAUGGAGCUGCUGGUCCUCAACAAGUUGAAGUGGGACCUGGCCGCUAUCACACCCCACGACUUUAUCGAGCACUUCCUGUCCAAGCUGAAGAUCCACCAGUCCACCAAGCAGAUCCUCAGGAAACACGCCCAGACGUUUGUGGCACUCUGCGCCACAGAUGUUAACUUCAUCGCUAGUCCACCAUCCAUGGUAGCAGCAGGCAGUGUAGUCGCAGCUGUGCAAGGCCUGUACCUGAAAAGUCAAGACUCUUCCCUUUCCUCUCAGAACCUCACCAACUUCCUGUCACAGGUCAUCCGCAGUGAUCCGGACUGCCUGAGAUCAUGUCAGGAACAGAUCGAGUCUCUGCUGGAGUCCAGCCUACGACAGGCCCAGCAGUACAGCGGCAGUGCCACAGAAACCAAACGCCUGGAGGAGGAUGUGGACCUGUCCUGCACACCCACAGACGUCAGAGACAUUAACAUUUGAAGCCACAGACAGAAAUGCGGCUGCUGUGCACCACCACCUGAUAAUCGAGGGAAAGCUGUUGUGGAUUAGAAGGGUGUCCAUGGGUGGAGGGUCCCUCUCCCUCCUGCUAACCAACAUGUCACUCGCAUGCAACGCCACCUUGCUACGACUGCUAAGAAGAGACAGAGCCCCCUGCUGCUGGCCCUGUAACUAUUGUCAUAAGUUCCUUAUUGUUUUCUCAGUGUCCCCUCUCACCCAGGACAGUGAACUCGACAUGAGAAGAUGGAAGAGAAUAAAGAAUGGAGACACUGUGGGCUGGAGGAAAAAACCCACAACAAGACAUUUUGUAGACCACCCUCCCACUCGCCCCUCGCCUUAUUCCCCCAGUUAUUAACUAAGAAUCUUUUAAUUGCCACAGACUGAAGUCUCCUACUACAACAUCCCAAAGUGUCACAUGCAGCAGGUAGUUGUAGUCUUAAAGAGAGGAGAUUUAUUUUGUUUGUCCCUAGAAUGUUUGAGACUUCCUGUCCAAGCUCUCCCUUGUUUGUCGUGUUACAGUGCAGACAUCCUUAUACCCCUGAUUGCUUUUGUUUAGUCACUUUAUUAUAUACAUACAUAUAUGUAUGUGUAUAUAUAUAUACAUAUAUGAACCUAGACCCUUCUAUCAGCUAGUCUCAAACCUCAUUGGUCCAAAAUUUGUCUUUUUUUAGAAGUGGAAGAAGCUCUGACAUAGAGCUUGCUGCUGUCACGGCUUGGGUUAAAACUUUUUUUUUUUCAUCCAACCUUUCUGCAAUUUGAUGAGAUCAAAUUCAUGCAAACAUGAGCAGACCGAUCCACACGUUCAUGGUUUUUUUUUACUUUUCUGUGUAGUAGUAUUCUAAUACCAUUCCACCGUUAAGUUUUUUGUUUUUCUUUAAAAAAAAAAGCACUUUUGGUCAGCACUGCUGGCUCCUCUGAGAGACAAAACCCUGGUGACAAAGUUCAGAAAACAUGGAAACAAAAACAAGGAUCUGAGCAGGAGAAAGCAGGUGGUCGUGGAGUCGAGCAGUGAAUACUGAUGUGCAGUGUGACACGUUCCUGAAUGCUGCCCCACAUUGGCCUGGAGGCAUCAGUUUGGAGUUUUUUUUGUUUUUUUUUGUUUUUUUUGGGCACUAAAAGAAAUUGCCACCAGGGACAGUGGUUGAGUUGAUCUCUUGAAGAACACUUGUAAUUCACAAAACUGAACUACAAUUUAUGAUCAGAAUUAAAAUGAAACAGUUACAAACACUGUUACACUGCAUCUGACCUUUUCAGAUGUUUUGGUUUUGACUGUUGACAUAGCUUUCUGAUAGCCAAACAUGCUAUCAUUAUGUUUUCACACUAAACCCACUAAGUUGCUCUUAGUUUACCCUCUGCUGGAUCUCAUAGAAAUGACCUCAGACCUCUGAACUUUCAACUUGCAGUGGAAAAUCUUGAAUAUAUGGUUGUGCAGAAUUCCAGAAAAUAUAAUUACACUUUAAUGACAAUUUGGUAUUGUAGUGCCCCCCAGCCCCAACCUCAUGCAGUAUCAUAAUAUUAUAAUCAUGCUGCAUAUUAUUAUUAAUAUUUGCCCUUAGCCAAACUUGAUGUCUUCAGUUAAACCGCAUUGUGGUGAGAUUGUCAUAAAGCCACCAGGACGUCCAUCACUGCUCAUGGGUUGUAGGAUUCUGGGAUGAAGCUUUAAAAAGAAAAAGAAAAUGGAUAACAGGAGUGUUGAGACAUGAUUUUGCACAAACUGAAAAGAUGGGCUGUGUUUCAUGAGAGCAAAUCUGAAAAAAAAAUUGCCACCAGGGGGUGAGGAUAAGGAGGAAGAGGUGCAGCAGUAAAGUAUGAAAAAUAAGGGUGAAGGCUUCAGGGGGCGCUGUGGAGUCAAAGCCAGGGGUUCUACACAAGAGGAGUCGGGUCAAAUCAAGAACGUCUUUGUAGGAACCCUGAAAAUGAGGUUUCUGAUUGUAAAUAAAGGAUGGAGAGAGAGAGAGAGUUGGAGAGAAACACUCCUUAUAUUCUGCUGCUAUAGAAUAAUAAAUCCCAGCUACAUGUUUUUAUAUUAAAAAAAAGAAAAAAAAUGUCAAAUUAAUUGAAAUCAAUGCUUUUCUCCUGUUUGCUGCUACAUUUUUGGAUGUUUUUUAUUAUUAUACGUAUGUAUGUCAAUAUACUGCCAUUUUAGGUUUGAAUUUUCUCAUAGAAAAUCCUGUUAUUGACAUCCUCAGCUUUUAUGUAGAUUCUAUGUGAUUUUGUUUUUUGUUGUCAUGUUUUUUUCUGUAAUUACACAAUGAUUCUAAUAAUAUUCCAAAAAAAAAAAAACAAACAAACAAAAUGGAAAAAAAAAACACCACGAGACAAUGUACAGAAGACUCUUCAAUCCAUUAUACCUCGUGUGACAGUCCAGAUCUAUCUCUGAUUUGUAGUGCUGACUUUGUAUGUGUGUAGUUCUGAUUCGUUUGGACUUGUUGGUUCAGUGCCUACCAGCUCUGUUAAACCUGCCUCUGUGAUGGAAACGGCGCGAGUCCCAGUCCAGGGCAUGCUUUGAUACUGGUGCCAUAACUGAAAAAUGGGAUAUGUAUAACUCUGUUGAGUGUUAAGCUGUCUCGCUGAAAGAGACUUUAUCCGCCUUUAGGCCCAUGGAGGCCGAACCUUCCUCCCUCUCAUCGUUUUUUUUUUUUAUAUUUAUAAAAGAAAGAAAAAAGCUUCAAGUUUCAAGCUGUCAGUGAGUUAACGUGAGGAUGUACAUAGAUUCAGUGUCAUGCUUGGUAAGCCAUCGACUGUUUUUGUUCACUUUUUACAAAAUUGUUUCACACACUUGUGUCUACUUCAGACCAGUUGUCCGCAACUGGAACAAACCACGUAUUAUUUGUGUCGACUACACAAUAAAAGACGUUGUAGAUGGA